GGGCGGGCGGCCGGGGUGGAGGCGCCGGCGGGAGCAAAGGUUGGUGACUUGGCGCACCGACCUUCGCCGGAGGGGCCGCGGCAUCAUGACGGUGGGAGCCAGGCUCCGAAGCAAGGCGGCGAGCAGCCUCCCGCGCCGCGGGCCCCGGGGGCGAGGGCGGGCGGAGGGGGACGAGGAGGCGGCCGCCAUCCUGGAGCACCUGGAGUGCGGGGACGAGGCGGCGGAGAGCGGGGCGAGCGCGCGGCGCCCGGGGGCCCGGAGCGCGCGGCGGGUGCACCUGGCCGUGCUCCCCGAGCGCUACGAGCCGCUGGAGGAGCCGGCGCCCGGCGAGAAGCCCAACAGGAGGUACCGGCAGAAGCUGAAGAAGUACGGCAAGAAUGUCGGGAAGGUCAUCACCAAAGGAUGUCGCUACGUCGUCAUUGGCCUGCAGGGGUUCGCGGCGGCGUACUCCGCCCCAUUUGGAGUAGCCACCAGCGUGGUGGCGUUGGUCCGCUAGUGGGAGCUGCUGGGGCAGACCCACAAGAAUGGAUAGAAGCCUCUGCCCUGGGAGCAGUGCGAAUCCAGGAGCAUUUCAGACUUGAACUCACAAAUACUUGGAAGAAAAAAAUGUCUUUGUCAAAUUGGAUGACUUAUGAAUGAGUCAUCCCUGCCCAUCUUUUCCCAUCUCUCGGACACGGAUGGCUCCAAUGGACAAUCCCGCAGAGCAUUAGGCCGAGGUUAGGAUUGGGGUUAGAGUUAGUUUGCUAACACCGGAGCCUUCACAUGAAGCUGACAGGGGGCUGGCUUGGAGUCAAGCACUUGACAGAUGUGAGCACUCUGGGUGGGUGGCCAGAGAGGUGAUUAGGAAGGAGAAGAAAGAGUUUUGACCUGGAGUAAGAUGAUGUGUUAUAUUCUCCUGGAAAGGUUGCAGGCUGACCGCCCUUGGCUGCCUGGGUUCUGAAGGCAGGGAAGGAGCUGUUUGUGUCUGAAGUUCUGCCCCCCAUCUCCUUCCUCCACCCCUUUGUCACCAGGAGUUUAAUUACAGGCUUGAGAAGAAGGAAGGAAGAAAAAUCUCUUUGAAGGCUAUGAUGCUUUGAAAACCAUGUUGCCGAUGUGUCAUGACUGUUCAAAGCAGAUAAAAGCUUGUUGUGUUCGCCCUUCUCUGCCACGAGCGUGCAGUUGGCAAUGAGGGAAGGAGGAGCGGCGAGUUCAGACACAGCUUGUAUGAGGGAGUGCUCCUGAGGGCUCUGGUGCCCAGUCCAGCCAAGAACAGCCCUGUCUGGUCCAGCCACAUGUUUGUGGCUGCCUGAGGUCCUGGGCCUCCUGACUCAGCUGCCUAGUACCAUCAGCUCAUUCCCGACAGCUGCUCAACUCGUCUUCUACGCCAGGCCGACGAAGGGUGCUGGGUCUUGGGAGAGAGGGAGACACUACGCUUGGAAAUGAAAGUGUAUGAUUUAGAGAAGAAACCAGUAAGUAGGAGACAGGGAUGAAGGAAGUAGAAGAAGGAAGUUGGAUGAGAGAAGUGGAAGUACAGGAGCCGGGUCUGGGUUAUUGGCACUGGGAGAUCUUAGGUGGCCCAGGGGAGGCUGGUGGCCAGAGGCGCUGUGGCUGGUGCUUAAAACCCCUCUGAGGCCCAUGAGCUUACAUUGGCUGCCUCUGUAGCAUCCUUUCCUCUUCUGUGCUGCCCAGUUUGAUGUCAUCUCACCCGGAUUCCGAGUUAGGGUGGGCAUGGAUCCUGGGCCUGACACUCCCCGAGGAUGAGCCGUGGACCGCUGUUGGACCACUGGACAGGGAGGUAAAGAAAGAGGAGGUCCGUCUUACCAUGCCCCUCUGCCGACCCCCAUAAUGGGCCGCUGUUCUGACUUUGUUUCCAGAAUAUCCAGAAGUCCCGAAUAGUUAACUUGCUGAUCAGUCUGCAGGAUCGGUGGCAACGCCUACC